AUGAGUGAUCUCACAACUUUAUUCAUAAAUGCAGCCAACUUCGCAGUCGGCACGCGUUCGCGUGCAAUUUUUUAUGUAGGUGACUGGACACCGUCGGGCACUGAAGCCUCUAAGAUGUUGUCAGCCACUGAGCCGAGACUGGAGAGUUCAAGUGAACAAUGGAGCAAGGAGGCAUUCAGAGUGCCUAAGCCUGAAUACGUGAGUUUGGGUUUCCCCAUAAUAUUCGCGCACCAUGAGGCGGAUAUGCUUGAUUCGCAGGCUCUCUUCGACGAGUGCGAUCUCAAUUACACCGUCGUGCCAAGCCCCAGCGAGCUCGAUGUAUCGAUAUGGCGUGACGUAUCAAUAUGA